AUGAUUCUAGCACUAGCCAACCGUAUUCGAUGGCAAGGAAAUUGGGCUUUUAGCUGCGACUUUCCUGGCAAUGAUAUCAAUGAUGUUCACGCCUCUGGUGAAGAAUGUGGUGGAGAAUGUUCAAGAACACCAGAAUGUACUCAUUUCUCUUGGACUUCAUGGCAAGGUGGUACUUGUCGGCUUAAAAAGGGACUGAUUUCCAAGAGUCAAGCGAUUCAAGCUGUUGAUAAGACUCAGAUCUGUGGAAUAAUAAUCGAUUCAGGACCGAGUGAUCCUCCAUUAACACCAAUUCCAGGUGCUCGGGGACCACCGGGUAACAAAGGAGAACCGGGAACAAUGGGUCUGACAACACAUUCUUCUUGCCUUUCGCCAACAGAAUUUAAUAAAUAUAUGACUUCAUUUAAAAAUGAAGCUCAAGUAUUGAAACAACAUGCCAUAAUGAUCGAACAACAAGUGAAAGUAGUAAACGUUUUCCGAUCGAGUAUCCAAAAUCUUACCAAAAUAUUAGACAGCAGAGCGUUUCCCGAAGUCAAUACGUCGCAAACACCAAUAAUAAACAAUCCAAUGAAUCCCACAUUCGAAUUUUGGCCGCCAACUGAAGUCUGGUGUCCCUGGCGAACCGAUAGUUGUACGCAGAUGAUUUCUCGACCUGGUCAAAUGACCAUCGUCAUGGAUCAAGCAGUACAACUGGCAUUUGAACUUCAUUUGUCGAUUAGUAAUGAUCCAACAAAUACUAGUUAUGCUAUUCGUCUCGCAGUUACUACGCAACAAGUACAGAUUAGCAAAAUAGUCGAUGGUCUAACGAUAGGUAUAAAUCAAACGACUGAACACGAUUAUGCUUUACAUGAAGAAAAAAGUGUGUAUUGGUUGAGCCUCGAUUAUAUGGCUUUAUCAGUUAAAUAUGGUCAAGGUGAAGUAAGAGAUAGGUACCCACCAUUGUUAGUGGUAGAACCGGACAAAGCAGGUCUUGAUGUAUUUCUUAAUAACUCGGCUAUUCUUUUGACCCGUUUGAAAGAACCGUGUCGAUUAUUAUACUAUGAUAUUCUUGGUUGGAAAUUUCAAGACGAUGCUUUUCCUUAUUUUUUUGAAGCUAUCGAGCAAAGUAUUCGGAAUGAAUCAGGUUGGUGUUACAAAAAACUAAAAGAAAAAUUAACAAGAUUCAAUAUAUCGAAUCCACGUGCUAUUUAUCUAAGAAUUACUGUUGGCAUGAAUCGAGGUACUCCAACCGGCGUUCCCUAUGUUCUGGAAAUUUGGCCACCAGGUCACUACAGUCCCAUUCAUACUCAUAAUGAUACUUAUGGAAUUAUUCGAGUUCUAUAUGGUGAAAUUAACGUGAAACUCUAUCGAACAUUAAGUUCAGAACGAAAAAAUCCAUUUCAUGAAAUGACCCUCUACAAAGAUCAAGCUACUUGGCUUUCGCCCGGUUUGAAUCAAAUUCACAAACUAGAGAAUCAAUCACCAAAUCAAACAUGUAUCACCAUUCAAGCGUAUGAGUAUCGAAACGUCGAAGUUCAUCAUUAUGAACAUCUCGAUUAUGUUAACGAUGAUGGACAAAUUAUUGACAACUUUGAACCCGUAUCCGAUAUGGAUUAUUUAGAAUUUCGAAAGAAAAUGAUUAAUGAAUGGAAUAAUGGCUUGUAA